AUGGAUGUCCUGAACAAAGCAUAUGGCCUUACUGGUAUGCAAUAUACCCUCAAGGGCAUCGACAGAACGGUCAAUUCCGCCUGGGCCAACGGCGACGAUCAAUCCAAUAUGAAGAAACAGUUACGCAAAGGUGACUAUAAGACACUCAACCUUUACUACAUGGACAAGAUCACCACUCCAGGUUUACCGCCAGAAGCACUUAUCCUCGGCCAGUGCACAUUCCCAGUCACCGUUACGGAAAAGUCGGACGAUUUCUUCGACGAUGGCUGUAGAAUGCUAAAGCUAACUCUGCCGGGUGGUACCAUUCCCGGUACUGGAAAAGCCACCUUCGAGGGCAAGACCACGGUCCACGAGGUCGGGCACUGGAACGGCCUCUUUCACACCUUUAUGGGCGGUUCUGCCAGGGACACUUGCCAAAACAGUACGGGUCCAAGCAUCGCGGGCGUGGACGCUAUCCAUAACUACAUGAACUAUUAUGACGACUCUUGCCUUGACCAAUUUACUCCUGGACAAAUUCAGCACUUGCAAAAUAUGUGGGGAAAAUUUCGUAAGAGCUCGAAUGUAUAUGCCUAG